GUGAGAGGAGUUAACAUGGCUUCGAAAAGAAAGGCCGAGAGUUGGACAGAGGAGGUAAUUUGUCCUGUCUGCCUGGAUUUGUUCACCGAUCCGGUUAUACUGGUGUGCGGACACAACUUCUGUCGCUCUUGUAUCACACGGUGUUGGGAAAGGGAGGAAAGAAACUCCUGCCCGGAAUGUAGAGAGGUUAUUGUGGACCGCACACUCAGGGCCAAUCGGGCCUUAGCAAAUCUGGCUGAAAAAGCUCGAAAUAUAAACUUGAGUCCGAAAGACAAGGAAAGUAAACUUCACUGCGAGGAACAUGAGGAAGAACUGAAGCUGUUUUGUGAAACGGACAAGACACUGAUCUGUUUGAUCUGUGCAGUUGCGCAGGAACACAGAGAGCACCGCUUCAUGCCGAUUAAAGAAGCUGUUACACUCUACAAGGAUCAACUAAAAUCUUCCUUAGACUCUCUCACAAAAAAGAAAUCAGACUUCCAGGAAAAGGAGCAGCAACAGAAAGAGAAGAUUUCCGGAGUUCGGGAACAGUCACACAGUGUUCAGACCCACAUCACAUCCCAGUUUGCUGAACUGCGGCAGAUUAUCACUGAGAAAGAGCAGAGUUUUCUCAGGGAUCUCAGGGAAGCAGAGGCAUGGAUACUGAAUCCAAUGCAGAGAAAUCUUCGAGAGAUUCAAAAGAAUAUAAGGUUUAUUCAAGAGGAAAUCACUACGUUAAAGGAACAGAUGGCUCAAAAAGACAGUGUGAUAUUUCUCAAGGAGGAAGCUCGUCGGAACAGGAGCAAGAAUGACGAUGUCCAGGAAUUGUCAGUGACAGAUGAGUCCCUACCAUUUGAAAAAUUCGAUCACCUCUAUUUGUUGAACACAGUGCUGAGAGAAACACUUGAUGCCAAUUAUCGAGUCUCUGUCACCCUGGAUGUGGAAACGGCGAAUCCGCGGCUCGAGGUGUCUGAGGAUCGGAAGAGUGUGAGACGGACCCGGACCCGGAGGAAUCUCCCUGACACCGGGAAGAGAUUCACAUUCUGGGCUUGUGUGCUGGGAUCGGAGGGAUUCACAUCGGGGAGACAUUACUGGGAGGUGGGGGUGACGGGGAAUCGGCGCUGGUGUCUGGGAGUCGCCGCAGAGUCCGUGGAGAGGAAGGGACGGGUCAGUCUGAGACCGGAGACCGGAUUCUGGGUCAUCGGGCGGGAUGAUGACGUGUUACAUCGGGAUUAUUACGUGCUCAGUGGUCUCUUCUACUUCGGGUCCCGUCUCCCUGCCGGUCCCAUCCCCGGGAGGGUGGGAGUUUAUCUCAGUUACCAGUCCGGGACAGUUUCAUUUUACAACGCGGAGACCAAGUCCCAUCUCCACACCUUCACUGGGAAUAAAUUCACGGGGAAACUUUAUCCUUUCUUCUGGACUCGGCGUGCAAAUCGGUGGCUGAGAAUCUGCUCCGGUUCCGCUCCGGGUCUGUAAACGGGUCGGGUCCCGGGACCGGCGUCAGGAGUAAAAUCCCUGUAAAUAUAAACGUGCGGAGAGUGAAAUAAAUACGAGAUGAGAAUUAUCGAUCCAUUAAUUUUAACUCGUUCACCGCAUCCGACAACCGAACAGAAACACCGCGGAUUCAGCAGCAGCUGCGGGGCGGCGGGUCCUGAGCUCCUCCGGGUCCUAAAGUCUACCCGCACUGAGACAGGUUAAUUGGGACAAGUGGGGGUGGUGCUGACUGGGAGAGGGGGGUCGGGGUGAGUCUUGGUCAGAACAUAACAGACAGGAGCAGAAUUAGGCCGUUCAGCCCAUUGACUCCGC